GCGUGGCUCUCCGGCUGCACAGCGUGGGCUCUCUCUGAAUCACACAGUCGGAUGAGUUUCAUUGAGGCCGCCGAACGCAUUUGGAGCAUUCUGUCCAUGCAGCAGAGAGCGGAGAGCGCGGAGACGAGCUGAGCUGCGCGUUUGGACACAUUCACCCCGGGCGCGGCGUCCGCCCAAUCCACCUGCCCGCGCGCAGGAAGCCCGUGGAGGGAUGUCGCGAUGUUGUGCACAAGGAGAACUAAAACUUUGGUGUCGACGUGCGUGAUCCUGAGCGGCAUGACCAAUAUCGUGUGCCUGCUGUACGUCGGCUGGAUCACCAACUACGUGGCCAACACCGGCGGCAAAGUUGCGGAGAUCGGCGGCGGCGGGGAGACGGACAGAAAGUUGGAGGAGGACGGCAAAGGAGAAACGCUGAGGAUUAUGGAGCGCUUGGCGCGUCUGGAGAGCGUCGUGAACGAGCACAUUAAAGAAACCCCCCUGAAGGACGGUGAAGAAGCGGCGUCUUCCUCAGACUCCGCCGCAGACCCCGCCUCCUCACUGUUCAAUCACUGGGGUCGUGACCUGGGCCCAGAGAGCCGACGCGUCGCGCUCAAAAAGUUCCGCUACUUCGGAUACAACGGCUACCUGAGCGACCGCAUCUCCCUCACCAGGCCCAUUCCAGAUUUACGACCGGACGGAUGCAGAAACAUGUCUUAUUCGUCAGACCUUCCUCAGCUCAGUGUAAUCUUCAUCUUUGUCAAUGAGGCGCUGUCAGUUUUAUUGCGCUCCAUUCACACGGUCAUCCAGAGGACACCAUCCUACCUCCUUAAAGAGAUCAUACUCGUGGACGACAACAGUAACAGCUUGGAACUGAAGGAGCACUUGCAGAGCUUUGUGGAUGAGACAAAUGCUCAGCACGGACCGGGGUUCAUCAAAGUGGUCCGCCACGCCAAGCAGGAAGGACUGAUCCGGUCCAGAGUCAGUGGAUGGAGGGCGGCCACUGCUCCUGUGGUUGCUCUAUUCGACGCACACGUAGAGUUCAACACUGGAUGGGCAGAACCGAUCCUGCAGAGAAUAAAGGAGGACCGAACCAGAGUGGUCUUGCCUUCCUUUGACAACAUCAAGUAUGACACAUUUGAGAUUGAGGAGUACCCCCUGUCUGCUCAGGGCUUUGACUGGGAGCUCUGGUGUCGAUACCUCAACCCACCAAAGUCCUGGUGGAUGCUACGCAACCACACAGCUCCCAUCAGGAGUCCUGCCCUGAUUGGCUGCUUUGUGGUCGACAGGAAAUACUUUGAGGAGAUCGGCCUGCUCGACGAAGGAAUGGAAAUUUAUGGUGGAGAAAAUGUGGAGCUCGGCAUCAGAGUGUGGCAGUGUGGGGGCAGCGUGGAGGUCCUGCCCUGCUCCAGGAUCGCCCACAUCGAGCGUGCGCACAAACCCUACACGGAGAACCUGACAGCCCACGUGCGCCGCAACGCUCUGAGAGUGGCUGAAGUGUGGAUGGACCAGUACAGGAGUCACGUCUACAUGGCCUGGAACGUCCCACUGCAGAACUCAGGGAUCGACAUCGGGGACAUUUCUGAGAGGAAGGCCCUGCGGUCCCGACUCAGAUGUCGACCGUUCAGCUGGUUCCUCUCCAACAUUUACCCAGAGCUGCGCUCGUACAGCAACACUGUUGCUUAUGGAGUGUUAAAGAACAGUCUGAGAGAUGAGCUGUGUUUGGACCAGGGGCCAGACUCCGAUAACAUUCCCAUCAUGUAUCUUUGUCAUGGAAUGACACCCCAGCAGAAUGUGUACUUCACCAGCUCCCAGCAGAUUCACCUCGGCGUUCUCAGUCCAACCAUCGAUGACGACGAUAACAAGUGUCUGGUGGAUGUGAACAGCAGGCCCCGGCUGCUGGAGUGCAGCUACGCAGCCACCAAACACAUGAGGCUCACCUGGACUUUCGCUCAGGGGGGAGCCAUCCAGAACAUUGAGUCUCAGCGUUGUCUGGAGCUGGUGGAGAGCAAGCAGUCAGCGUUCACCUUUCAGCUGGCCAUUCAGGACUGCACUGGUCAGAAAUGGACCAUCACAAACAUUUUGACUGUCCUACCGCAGUGAACUCUGUCAGGAUGGAGUUAUGACGCACAUAAAGAAACUACUAGAGCCCAAACAGAGGUGGGCUUUUCCUCAAAACAAAACAAAAAAUUAACUCUAGACGAGUUUUUAUCCAGAAACUGGACAAGAAUAAACAUGCUUCAAUCAUGAUCGAACCAUCAGUAACUUAACCUUUUUCUACCGAUGAAAUGAGCAAGGAGACACUCACAGAUGCUGUGAAAGCCAUGAAGCCUGCCAUUAAAAUGAGAUACAUUAUGGUUUGUUCUUCAAGGGGAAAGGCUCAUGAAACCAUGGAAGCAGACUGUUUAUUGCAGGAGUGAGCUUGCUUUCUUAUUCCGGGUCCCUGUCAGUUUGAGAUGGUGCCUGAAAUCCCAUCUGUCUCUUCGCAGAAUCAACAAGACAAGGUGUAUGAUAGUUGGGGGUCUGAGCAGAAAACUUGCUAGAACACAAAGCAGCUGAUGUUUUUGCACAAAUCAAACACGGAAGGCAGUCAUUGGUCAUUAUCGUCCUGUUUGACGUUUGAUUGAAGACAUCAAAGAAGCUCUAAAGUCUGUCUGUAUCACAAAAAGCCAGACAACGUGGAAUGCUGAGCAACGACAGAGUGAUUUAAACUCACAGCAUGAUAGAAACUCUGCCCCCUCAGAGGUUUUGUAGUGUGUUUCAAAACUAGGCUACCUGCAGGGACCACACACAUGUGGUCAGAGACAAGGACUUUAAGAUUUGAUGCAACUUUGUGAAACAUCUGGGUAACCCUGUCAUGAUAAUGAAGACCAACUCAAUUGGAAACUGGGCAGCAAAGACCUGAAUUCAUAAGGAUUUCAGAAAAACAAAAAAUUUUAUUAAGGCCCCAACUUCCUUUCAAAACUGGCCACAGCCAAGAAAGAAGUUACACUUAAAAAUGAAAGUUAAACUUUUUAUUUUGCAGCACUUUCAUCACUUAUUGGCACCCUGGGUAAAAUGUCAGAGGAGCUCAUUUUAUCUCGGUAAUAUAAUUUCAGAGUGAACUUUGUUUCUCCUUCCUUGCGGAACAUUAUGCAGCUGAAUGACCAAAUGAAAACCCAUUUUCAGAUUCAUGGUAUCGGCCUCCUGAUUUUUCUUUAGCAACAUUCCUUUGGAAGAGAAACAUAUUCCCCACCUCAUGGAGCCCCCCCAUGAACAGUCACUGAACAGUUGCUUUUCCAUAUUUUCAUCCCAGAUAAGGUCCUCAGGUGCAGGAGUGUUAAUUAUUUUCAGGAAAGUGUGAACCCAAAUGAGGAUUUCAGACUAGUUUGAAGUGGAUUCGCUACUUGGCUCUCCUACAGACAUCAGUUUUUGCAGACAUGUUUCUUUGAUCACAGUCAAAAUGCUCUGAGCCUCUGAAGCUCAAGUGUUGCCUGAAAAUUACCGCAGAAAUUUGGAUAUAUUCUUGGCUGCACUUUGGUCCGAUUGAUGCCAGACAUCGGUUAAGAAGAACUCUGCAUCCUGCUGACUUCAAUUCAACAAAGCUAGUGAUUAACACACAUGAUAUUAAAACGACUUCAGAAACUGGAAAGAUGUGAGCUGAUCUUUGGUUCAUUUCUUUUCUUUAAUUGUCUUCUAAUUCAGUCAGUUACAGCUCUACAGCCGAGUGUCCAACAUUAAUAGACUUCACAGAUAAAACGAAUUUGUAACAGAACAUGUUGCCUUAUCCCUCAGCCAGUUUAAAAACCUCUGUGAAAUCACAACUUCUACACCCACCCUCUCAACAGUUUGUGGCAGAUUUUGCAGACUUGUUUGAAAGGUUAAGAAUGUAGCUUUUAUUAGAGAUUGGAAAUGUACAAGUCCCCUUCUAUCUGCAAAUAUCGUCCUCGUAAGACCUUUAAAAGCAAAAAAAAAAAAAAAGGAAUAGCUAUGGAGGGUAUGAAAUAAAUCGAGUACAAAUAUUGACCACUGGCAUUUCUAAUUUUUUGUUUUCUAAAUUGCAGACACUUUUUUGCUCCAGGAAACAAAGCAUGAAAAAUGAUAGACUACUUGUUACAGAGGAUGGCACAGGAAGCAAAUAGCUGAUUGAGUAAGGAUGCACUGAGCUGAGUGUUGCUUGCUGAUGGAGGCCUGGCAGCACAGCUGUUUGCCUGGUAUGGUUUAAAGCUGACUUUGAUAAACAACCACCCCACUGAAUAUAGCUUCCUGCUAACAUUCAUCCCUUAGAUAUCACAAUUGGUUAUUUACAGCUGCAAGGCUGUAAAUAACAGAGUUAUUUAUAGCCUAUCUCCUAUUUUAAAAUAGGAGAUAGCUGUGUUUUUGUUUUUGUCCAUCUCAAUGCCAAUAUCUCUGAUUUCACCUGGACAGGUUAAUAAUUAGGCAGUUACUAUUUGCCUUAACUUUUGUAUGGCCAAGUUUUAAGCUUGACUUUUUUUUUGGUAUCUUUAAUUGCAACCCCUCCAGCAAGUGACUACUCACUGGAGUAGUCACAAGUUGGUCACAAAGAUAAGACUUUGACUACAAUCAACUACAAUAAACCCUUGCCUUCUGCGUUUCCAUGCAACACAUUGUCACUCGAUGUACAGUUGUGCAGUUUCUGUUGAACAAGAACCCCGAGAGGUUCUCACUUUGCCAGGGAAAUCCAUUUUAAUUUGCGUUUUUAAAUUAUGUAUCUGCUUUACAAAACAGUGGAAAGAUCCAUUGUGCUUUAUUUAUAUUAGUGCCGUCAAGAUUUGUUGGCUUUUUUGUGCCAAUAUUUGAUUAACUAUUCUUUUUAGAGUGGCAGCAUAUCUGCAUUUGCAAGAAAGACAAUUAGAUUCGAUAUUCGUGGCUGUGGUGAAGGUUAAACAAUCUGGAUAAAUAGGAAAUAAACAAAGAUGUGUCUGCAAUGAGUUUGUUCACCAUAAAAUCUAAUUUCAAUGUUAAAAAAGUAGCUUCUAAUCGUUGCAAGCAUUUUUACUGUUGCUCAAACACUAAAUCAAAAAUGUUCUCAUUCAUUUAGCUUUGGCACUAUGAUAAAUGACUGUGUUUGGCUGCUAAUUAACUUUUGUAAAUCUGUGUAGGAGUAAAUCUGCAAUCUGUUAGUGGAUGAAUUAUCCAUUCACUACUUGCUUCUGUCCAGUAAUGAGACCAGUGUGCCUCUGUUUUCCAUCAUGACAUGUUGCAGAAAAGAACGAGAGGUUAAGUCAGACAUGAAAGGGACACACUAAGCGGAUAAUACGUUAUAGAACCAAAAGUAACUUCGUUGUUCCUCAUUUUCAGGUGCGAUGGGCGCAGGACAUCGUUACUGAAAUGUGUUGAACGAGUCCGCAGAGAAAGAUAAGUUGAUGAUAUUAUAACAAAUGCAGUUAAGGCCAGAAGUUUUCAGACACAUUUCACAGGCACUCAUGUCAUAUUUGGCUCUUUUAGUGAUGCAUUUCAAUUGCUCUUUUUUUAAAUAUAUAUUUUGCAAUUAUCAUGCAACAAAAACAUUCUAAUUUUGUGCAGAUUCUUCCCUGUACAUUGUUAACAUUGUAUAUUUAGGCUCAAAUACAACGCUGUGAAAAAUGCCCAUUAUUUUUGCUCAAUGGGCAUUUGCUGCUUAUAAAAAUCUGUUCUCUCUUUUUGCUGGUCUCAGAAAUUAGGCACUGCCAUAAAAGAUCUGCAAUCCACCUCUCAAUUAUUUAAGAACCCAGACUUCAACAACCUGUGUGAAUAAUUCAUCUUAAAAGCUGGAUGAGUUUUAAUUAUUUAAGCCAGUUGUGUAUUGAAAACUUUUCAUUGUCAAUCAUUAGUCAGAUGGUGGAGGGAAAAGGUUUUACACCUUGCUGAAGACUGGACCUCGACUGUGUCUGUUGGCUACUGUGUAGCAUCUCUUACCAAAUCUUUUGUUGACCCUCAAUUUCUUUCUUAUUUUUUAUUUUUUAUUUAUUUUUUCUUUGUUUUGUGACUCAGGUUUGUAGAUCCUGAAUUUUUGAAAGUAUCUCAAUUUUUUGGAAGCUUUUACAAUGUCAAGUCAUAAAAAUUCUCCAAGCUAUUUUAUUAGUGUAUCUAAACUAAAUAUUUAUAAGUACCAAUAAUAAAAAUGGAUGAUGUCAA